AUGGUUGGGGCUGAGGGAAUAGAACAUUUUGAGACUAGGGACUUCUCAGGCGCGAUUCCAGCGUUUGAGCUCGGUUUCCAUAGAACCGCUCACCCUAUCGGCGACAUUGUGGUUAUCUAUUGCGUAGAAACUAAAAAAGCACACAGGGUCUGCUCACCCGAAUUGGAUCAAUGUUGUCAGAAUGGGGGAACAUGUCUCGAUACCAACUACGGUAUAACCGGCAACUGCUCCGACGGUUGGAUGGGUGAUUACUGCAGUGAGCGCUGUCCAGUAAAUUUCUACGGUCCAAGAUGCAGCCUAGAAUGUCCGGCUUGCAGUAAUGGUGGUACAUGUGAUCCAGUUAAAGGGCAAUGCGACUGCUUGCCCGGCUGGACUGGACCAACUUGUGAUGAGAAAUGUAGUUCGGGGUGGUAUGGGAAAGACUGCACUCUUGAUUGCAGGAGCUGCAACUUAGAUG